AUGAACAAGUUCUCGUUCAUUAAUGAACAGGAACGUUCAUAUCGUUCAGUGAAAUCUGCAUAUAAUCGCAGUAAUAUAAUCGCAAUGUCCUAUGAGAGCCGCGAUUUUCUAUUAGGCUUUAUCAGCCUGUACCGUGAGGAGGAGUGUCUCUGGCUGACGUCCUCACCGGACUACAGCAACAAACAGAAGAGGGAGGCUGCUUAUAACUGCCUGGUGGAGUACUCCAAGCCCACCUUCUUUGAGGCCUCAAUGGCCUGGGUCCGGAAGAAAAUUGCCAAUAUCCGGACAGUCUUCGUAAAAGAGAACCGCAAGGUGGAGGAGUCGAAGAGGUCAGGGGCCGGUACAGACAAGAUCUAUGUGCCGCAGCUGUGGUAUUACAAAGAACUAAACUUCCUCCUGGAGAAACGGUCAGCUAAGGAGUCCCUAGUGGUGAUGGCAGAGCCCGAGAAGGGAAGUCUGGAUGUGGAGGAGGCCGAAGAGACACCUGAAGAACUCAGCCGUACCCCUGACCUCAACAACACAUCACCAGAGGAACCAAAAUCUCCACAGCUACAGGGUUCCAGGAGGAACCCCAGGAAAACCAAAUUUGUUAAAGACCCGCUACUAUUGGAUGCCCGUUCACAGCUGCUCUGGAAACCGGAUGAAUUUGAUGACUUUGCGUCAUAUGUUAGCAAAACCAUGCGUAAGGUUUCCGAGCAGCAGCAAGUAGAGUGCCAGCGCCUGGUGUCACAGGUUUUGUACAAAACACUCACAGGACAACUGACACCAGAGUGUCAUGGGCCAGAACCUCAAGCACCUGCUCCUCAUCUCCCAUUGACCUUCAGUUCACCACCCACCUACCCUUCCUCCAGUACCCAUCCUCCUCCGCAUCCCAGCUACCAUUCCGGUUAUCCACAACCGCAGACCCCAUCCACCUACCCUUUCUCCACUUUCCAUCCUCCUCAAACCAGCCACUUUUCCCGUUAUCGUCAUCCAGCCACCCUUCCCCCACUAUCUAAUCUCCUCCUCAACCCAGCUUUCCUUCCCAAGCCAGCCACACAUCCACCAUCCCCUCUGCAAUUUUGACCUCCUUGAUGUCACAGGGGGAUCAAGAGGAGGUGGAGGAGACAAGUCUCUUUCAAAUGUAGGAUGAUUCUCAUUUACUGCUGCACUUGUUAUACAUACCAACAGAUAUGGUGCAUUCUUAUACUACGGUGAGUGUCAACGCUUUCAGGCGGACAAUGCACACAUACUGCUAGGGACAGGUUGAUGGUACCGGGGACCCAACUUCCUGCCCUUAUGCAUGUGUGCAUUGCGCCCCUGGCACUGGUGAAACUCAACACCGUAGUAUCAGAAUGUACCACAACUGUUGGUGUGUG